UUUCUCUUUUCUUUUUUGUGCAUUUUCAUUAGGUGUCAAUAUCCCUAAAGAAUAUUAAUCAAGAUAAAAUGAAACUAUUAUCGAUUUUUAUUCUGGUUGCUGCUUUAAUUAGCAAUCAAUUAGAAGCAUUUGAAUCACAAAAUUUACUGGGAAAUGAGAAUGGAGUGAAUGACAAAUUGAUUAAAUUAAUUGAGAAAUUUAAGGAUAUUUUGAGAAAAGGAAAUGAGUCUAUUGGACUACCUGUCAUGGAUCCUCUCACAAUCAAUCAUCAUGAAUUGCCAAUGAAAUCAGAAUUAUUUAGCGGUGAAGUGAAAAUUGACAAUUUACAACUACUGGGACUGUCAAAUUAUAAUGUUAUAAAAGUUGAUUUAAAAAUAGUUGGCCUUAAACUAAUUUUGGGUCUUCAUUGGCCAGGAUUAAAUGCAAUUAUCAGUAAUUAUAAUAUUGAUGGUGUGGCACUUAAAUUUAUUGACGUUUAUGGAAAAGGAUCCUUGAAAAUGAAUCUGAAUAAUUUGAAUUUCACCACGACUGUUAGCAUUAGUACAAAUAAAACAGACAAAACUUUAUUUAUCAAGGAAAUGAAAAGUGAAGUUGCUCUUCAAGACUUUCAGUUCUUAAUUGAUGGACUUUACAAUGAUAAGGAUCUAUCUGAUAUGACCAAUGCUAUUGCCACCGAUUUGGUACCAUCUGCAAUUAAAACUUAUCAAAAAAAAUUAACUGGCACAAUAAACAAUGCGGUCACGACUAGAGCCAAUAAAAUAUUACGUACAAUGACACUGAAAGAUUUGUUGGGUCUCGUAAAUGGAUAAAACAAAUAAAAGCCCCCAAAAUUUACCCUAAUUUAAAUUUUGAAACAAUUUUCAUUAAUCACAAUAUUAUAGAAUAGUUAUAUAGAAAUUUAAUUGCAUUCAAUCAUUAAUUGUACCAAACGAAAAGAAAAUCAUUCAAACUGAUAAAAAAUUGUCAUUCAUUACACACAAUAAUAAAAUAGUUAGAAAUUUAA